UGAAAGAGCCCUUUUUAGUUAUGGAGCAAUCAAAUUUAGAGGAAAAUUUUAAAUUUUCCUAUCGUGUAGCCAGGCAAUUUAUUUUCGAUUUGGCUGAUGAAGAUAAAGUAACAGCAACGCAAUGGUUACGUAAGUUGGCGUCAACGACAGACAACCCUGGCCUCCGUAACCACUACCUUAAUCUACUUUUGGUGAGUCUUCAGCAAGGUACGCUGGUCGGUCCGUUCAAACAAUCACCCCCGGAAGAUGGAGCCGGCAAGUUGGUACCCUUCGAAAAGGACUAUCAACCGAAAGACAUCCAACAGUUGAUCGUGCAAGAACGCGAGAAGAUUCCACCUCCCCCGGUAACGGAACAAUCCCUUUCCGGAGAUCGACAUUCGACCGAAUAUGCCGCUGCCCAAGAGAUUCCCAACUUUGGUUCCCAGUUUGGUUAUGUUUGUUCGGCUGAACCGCUCAGCGAGUUUCAACGGAGCAAUCAAUCGAAAUUGACGGAUGCUUUGCAGGGCCCUUCCAAAGUUACCUUGCAAAGCCUGAACGAAAGUAUUGACCAGUUUAUCCGGGAAGAACUACAGAAAAGGGAAACGAAUGUUCGUAUAGAAAGUUCACGGGAACCAUGCUUUGAAGAUAGCCAAUUAAGGUUCUCUCCUGACCCGAUGGCACCAGCUACUCCAAACGUGUUCAAACCGGGACGGUCAAAACAAGGUUUACAUUACGAGUUGAAAGAAUUCGGCCUUCCACCCAACACCAAGUUCGGCUAUCCGUGCUCGAAGUUCUCCAAAAUUACUUGGACACCUUCAAAUCGAGCUGGAAGACCGCAGGUCAGGGAUAUUGUCAAAGACCACCCUUUUCCGUCGACGAAUAGCUCAAUACCUAGGAGUGAACACGAACUUUCUGAGCAACAGAGGCGUGCUCGGCUAAUCCAAGGUGCCGAUACUCGGACGCGUGAUCUCUUGAACAGAUACUACGCUCAAGAGGUGGUGAAACCACGUAGGCUCGAAUACUCCGAUGUUGAAGAAGCGGAGGAAGGUUUUGAACCUCUGUUACUCGAUGAAACCCCGCCAGAUGAAAUCAUUAACCUGGACAGCUUUGAUCAAAAUCGUCUUUUUGGGGACAGUGAAAUGGCUUCACCAGAAAUUCGACGAGUUUUACGUACUUCGAGGGGUCAUCCCAGUGCAAGAAGGUACAGCCCUCAGAAACAUUCGACGGUUGAAGAAACUUUUGGUUCGUCCCGUGCCAACUUGUCAAAAGUCUCUAACCUUGAACUGGUUGACGAUCCUUCCUCACCUUUCGACUUUUAUCGUGAGGCACAAAAUCGCUAUCGAGAAAUAAUGCGAGAAAUUACUCCACCUCCAAUCAGCCGUACUCCUCAAACUAGUCGACAAUAUCAACAACCUCGAGUUACCCCUCUUCAAAGUUCACGAGUGGUAGAAACACCAGAUCAAAUGGCGGCCAUAAUCGGAAGAAUUCAACACCAAAUUAGCACAAACAAUGAGCUUUCACAAAUCAUAGCCAAGUCUCCACAAUCGGCACCAACCGAACAGCUGAAGUGCGAGUUGAAAAACAGUAACCGUGCUCUAGAUAAAAUACGAAACCAGUUGCAGCGUAUUCGAGAAUCUAACCGAGGAGGUGCAAAAAGCAAUGAAACCCUGGACCGUUUCAAUCAAUUCAAACGACAGUUGCAAAAUUUGUCCGCCCUAGUCGAUGUAACACAGAACAGUAUCCACAAGCUUUCCAAUACAAUAGAAAACGUUCCGGAGCCUACCCUGCAGAACGCUGUUUUGGAGAGCGCUUCCAUAGGGGAGAAUUUGCACCACAUUUCCCGACAAAUACGCUUCUUGAUGGACACCUUUGACAGUUCGACGGCUGAUACUUCUUUGGGUCUUAUCGAUGAAACGGGUCUAUCAGGAGGUGGAUUCGAUGAAUCGAAUGCUAUCGUUCAGGCGCUUGAGAAGUUGAAUGCAUCGAUGAUGGACGUAUUUAAGAGCCCGAAAUCUAACAAGAUUACUAACGCAGUUGAAGCGUUGCAUAAUCUUCAAAGCCUUGUUGACAGAAUGAGUAUCGGUGCAUCUACGUUGGAUACUAGUAUGCCGUAUGAAUCGUUGGCCGAUACAUUCUUGGAACUGGAAGAAUCUAUUCGAUCGGAGAUCGCUGCUGUCCAAGCGCUUUCGAAAGCUACACGUGUUCAAGAACUCGUACAGAAAUCACAAGGCACUGUAAUUGAACUCAGUGAUCUUUUGAAGAGUGUUCAAGACUUAAAACGUAAACCAUCUAGACAAAGUGAAAUAAAUGCACGAUUGAAGCAGUUGAAAGCAGGCCAACUGCGGACUCCUCCACCUAUGCCUGCAACACCUCCGAGUAAGACCCCACCUACAGCGCCAUCUUACAAACCUUUCAUGCUCGAAUCGGAAGAGUCCGAAGAUUCUUCCAAGGAUUUCCAAAUUUUACGUGAGGAAGAAAUGAGUCACGGUUUUUUGGAGGAUGUCGCAAGUCCUUCUCGAUGGGCUCGGUCCCAACCGAUGAGGCAGGAACAUCUGGACGAUUCGGCCAUGAUUACCGAUGAUUUGUUUGAAGAGGGAGUAGCUUCACCUCGCAGAGUUGAUCAAUCUAUGAGGCAGGAACAUCUGGACGAGUCGGCCAUGUUUACUGAUGAUUUGUUCGAAGGGGGUAUUGCUUCACCUAGCAGAACUCAAGGUCCACCGAGGUAUUAUCGAGCGGGUUUCGAAAGUAGCCAUGAAAAAAGCGAUACGAGGGUUAGCUUUCAAUGCCUACCCGAACAAAGCAGUUCUAACCGAGAACGAUCUACUCCAAACGUGUCUAGAGCCGAAGUUCUCGGAAGAAGUUUAGAGUCCAGUAUUUCACCUCACGCAAAGGUCGGGUAUUUACGCCCGAAGUCUGAAAAGACAGGGACUCCUCCUAAUCGUGCUGCUCGACCUCAAGACAGAAAUGUUAUCGAAGACUAUCCUCUUUCGUCGAUGCAUAGCUCAGUACGCAGACCUGAACAUGAACUUUAUCAGCGCCAAAAACGUGCUCAGUUAAUUCGAGGUGGCGACACUCCGAUACGUAAUCUACCGAACAGAUACUACGCUCAGGAAGUGGUGAAACCUCGAAGACUACAGUACUCCGAUGUUGAAGACACGGAGAAAGCUUUUGAACCCCUGCUACUCGAUGAAACGCCAGCCGAUGACAUUAUCAACCUGGAUAGCUUUAACCAAAGUCAACUUUUUGAAGACAGUAAAAUGACUUCACCUGAAAUACGGCGAUAUUUACGUUCUCCGAAGAGUACUAGACAAAAGCGUUCACCAGUAGAAAAAUCUUUAUUAACUACCCAUGACAAUCUCUCUAAAAUUUCUGAAAUUGAUUUUGUUGACGAAUCUUCCAUUCCUCUGGACUGCCUCCGUGAAGCACAACAUCGACGUAGUAAAUUGAUGCGAGAUAUAACUCCAUCUCCAAUCGAUCGUACUCCAUCUCGGAUUACCCCCCUUCUAGAUCCCCAUCGGGUAGACACCCCUGAUCAAAUGACCAACAUAAUUGGAAGAAUUCAACAGCAAAUCAACACAAACAACGAGCUCGCCCAACUGAUAGCAAGGUCUCCACAAACGGCACAGAGCGACCAGUUGAAGUGCGAAUUGAACAUCAGUAACCGAGCUCUGGACAGUAUUCGAACCCGGUUGCAGCGUAUUCGAGAAUCUAACCUAAGAGGUCCAGAACGCAACGAAUCUUUAAAUAAUUCCACCAAUCAGUUCAAACAACAGUUGCAAAAUUUGUCCGCCUUAGUCGAUGUUACACAGAACAGUCUCCACAAUCUUUCCAAUACAAUGGAAAAUGUUCCAGAGCCUGCCGUACAGAACGCUGUUUUGGAAAGCGCUUCCAUAGGGAAGAAUUUGCACCACAUUUCCCGACAAAUACGCUUCUUGAUGGACACUUUUGACAGCUCGAUGGCUGACUCUUCUUUAGGACUUAUCAAUGAAUCUGCCCUUUCCAGAGGAGAUGGAUUGGACGAUUCGAAUGCUAUCGUCCAGGCGCUCGAGAAGUUGAAUGCAUCAAUUUUGGACGUUUUUGGUGGCCCGAAACCGAACAAGAUCACCAAUGCAGCUAACGCGUUGCAAAAUCUUCAAAGCCUUGUCGACCGAAUGAGUUUUGGGGCGUCUACGUUGGAUACCAGUAUGCCGUAUGAAUCCCUAGCCGAUACGUUUUUGGAACUGGAACAGUCCAUUCAAUCAGAAAUCGCUGCUGUACAAGCGCUCUCGAACGGGAGCUGUAUUCAAGAACUGGUACAGAAAUCAAGAGACACUGUAGAAAAACUGAAUGAGCUUUUGAUGGUUGUCCAAGAUUUGGAAGAAAACGUAGGAAACCAGUCGGUUCAACCUACAAGAAAAACCGAAAUAACUACCCGUUUAAAGCAUUUGAAGGCAAGUCAACUUCGUACUCCUAGAGACAUUCCUGUUACACCUUCAUUGAAAACUCCUCCGUCUUCGCCCCAUCACAAACCUAUUACUCUGGAACUGGAUGAAUCUUCGAGGGAUUACCAAAUUUUAAGGGAAGAAGAAAUGAGUCACGGUUUUUUGGAGGACGUUGAGAGCCCACGCUGGGCGCGAUCGCAGCGUCAACCCAUGAGACAGGAACAUUUGGACGAGUCGGCGAUGUUUACCGAUGAUUUGUUCCACGAGGGUGUAGCCUCACCUCGGAAAGCUGACCAAUCAAUGCGGCAGGAACAUCUGGACGAGUCGGCCAUGUUUACCGAUGAUUUGUUCCAAGAGGGUGUGGCGUCACCUCGCCGAGCUGGUGGCAAUCGAAUCAAUGAAGAUUUCAGUCAACUAAUCAAUAGCGUAAGACAGCAGCAGGCUUCUCCAGGGCUAGGGAACACAAACGAGCAGAUUCUUCAACGGUUGGAAAGUUUGCAGGAAAAGGUCAAUCAUGUUUUGAACACAGAACGAUUUUUGUCGGGUUCGUCCAGGGGUGAUCCUGCUCAACACCAUUCGAGAAGACGGUAGAGUUAGUUCAUGAAUGAUGAUUUUAGUUUGUUCGAAAUUUUCUGAAUUCAUGGUGUUUU